AUGAACUUGAAUGAUCUUAUUCAAGGUUCAUUAAUAGUGAAGGACAUGGAUGCUGCGAAUCUUCAAGGAACAAGCAAAGAAGUUUUAAGACUUGGUUUGGGUCAUGUUAAAAUCUUCAUAGAUAAUUACUAUGAUUGUCUAUCUCUAACUAACGUGGAGUUUGCUUCUGCAUUGGGAAAGGAAGUCAAAGUAGCAAUGGAAGUGUCGAAGCAUUGGAAAAUUGAGAGGUACACUACAGCUCAGUAUACGAAUUUCAUUGUUCGUAUGAACAAUUGCAAGAAGAAUAACAAAGGGGAUAAGAUAGAGUUGAAAAAAGUGAUGACUUGUGAAGUUUUGCUGCUUAGGACUUUAGCUACAAAACUUUUGAACAUUAGCAGUUUACCUCCUUUUGCUUUUGGUAAUAUUAUUUUCGCCACAAAUAUUUUAGCUCAACAUUGGACUGGAUGUGUCGGUGUGGUGGACACAUGUUCUUCCCUGGCUCGCGUCCUCCACCUCCGUGACUCAUCUUUGCAAGCUACUAUAAGGAGACGACCGAUCUACCCUGGGCACACUGAUGUCGUUAACGAACUGCUAUCAAAGAAUCCGACCAACCCACAAUUGGACCGACCAACUCAUAUCAGUCAUGAGGAAGCUGAUAUCAAAAGGAAUGAUGCUCUCUCAGCUGCUAAGUAUUCAGAAGCCUGCCAUGAGUUAGGAUUGCAGGGAAUCAAUGUGAAGCUGGAACUACUAGAAACUGCAACAACUUCAUUGCCCUACACAUUUAGCAAAAUGCUUCAAGUUUUGAACUGUGAUUCCGUUUCACAAGCAAUUGAAUUCUAUUCCAAUUUUGUUAAAGAUGCUCACACAGAAAAGGAUAAAGAUCCGGAGACUGUAUUGCCAAAUCUAAGGGACAUCAUUGACAACCCUCCGCCUCUUGAAGUUUCUGCAGCUUCUGAAGUGUUGGCUUAUGUUAAUGCUGAAAGAAGUUCUAACAAUGAAAUAAGUUUUGAAGGUGAUGCUGCAGGUGAUAGUAUUGAUUGGGAUAUUAUUUUGGAUAGCUCACAUAUUGGUUGGGAUAUUGGGACUGUGGAGGAUUCGAGUGAUGGAUUUGGUGCCUACGAAGUUGUUGAUGCCAGUGAGAUUCCGGAAAAUUCUUUAAAAGAUGGAAUGGAAUCUAAUGAGACUAAUAAAGAAAAAAUGGGAUGA